UCUCUCAACCCCACACACAAUUUCCCCACGCGCUUUCUCUCAAAAAAGGAAGAACGAAAACUAAAAAAAUAUAUCAUAAAGCAUUGCACGUUCUUUAUUUCCUAAUCGGAAAAGAAAAAACCCGCAAACGCCGUGUCUGUUUCCUUUCCCUUUUAGAUGGCGCCGAGGGAGAAAUCGACGGCAGCCGUCAAAGGCAAUGGCAACGGCGGUGGAGGGAUUAGUAAGGAGGUUCAUUUUAGAGGUGUACGAAAGCGUCCUUGGGGACGUUACGCCGCCGAGAUCCGAGAUCCGGGGAAGAAGAGUCGUGUUUGGUUAGGGACUUUCGACACGGCGGAGGAAGCAGCCAGAGCUUAUGACGCUGCCGCUCGUGAAUUUCGCGGCGCCAAAGCGAAGACGAAUUUUCCACUCCCUUGUGAAAACAUCAACAAUGGUGUCAAUGUUAUUAACUGUGAUAAUCAUAUUAAUAAUAAUGGUAAGAUUAAUAUUAACAUUAAUAACAAUCAGAGUUCUAACCAGAGUAGCACAGUGGAGUCGUCGAGUCUUGAGCCGACUACCAUUAUGAUCGAUUCUUCGCCGUUGGAUCUCAACCUCGGACGUAGAUCUAUUACCGGAUACGGUUCCUCCACCGUUAGGUUUCCUUUCCAUCAAGUUUCGCCGGUUACUGGCUUUUUUCACGCCGCCGGCGUGCCGACCAUUGCGAGCCCUAAGGUUUUUUACUUCGACGCGUUCGUCCGGUCUGGUGGCAUGGUCAAAGGACAACAAUAUCAACGGAUGACAUUCGAUCACCACGAUUUUCACACGGCGUUCAACGGCAGCGUGCAAAGUGACUCCGAUUCGUCCUCCGUUGUUGAUUUGAAUCAUGACGAGAUCAAGCCACGUCCGCUUCUCAACAUUGAUCUCAACCAACCGGCUCUCCCUGAAAUCGCUUGAAUUUUUUUUCUCGCGCCAGUCGUGCGACAGGAAAAUAAAAGACGUUAUUAGUAACGGCGAGAGCUCCUGUAAGUGGAAGCGAUUUUUUAAACUACGGUUGAUGUACGUGAAUAUACUUCAGCAGAUAACCUCUCCUCUUUUUUCAACAUUUGAAACAUUCAGUUUCUUUUUGUUGUUCAUAAUUUUGUUACUGUAUUUUUUUCGCUGAUGAAUCAACACCCGAAAAAAAUAAAUCAAUUUAUGAUAUGUUUGGAUUUCAAA